AAUCCAACAUAAAAAAAAAAGUCUAUAGGUUAUUUUAUUACAAAUUUAAUUUUAUCUUCCUGUAUUACCUCUCUGAGCAGUCCACAACACAGUGAGUAUUGUUCAGGAUGAGGAUAAGCCUUUUCCUGAGUUUCCCUCCUUCAUCCCCUUCCAUGGCAGCACCUUCACUCUCCUCCGCUCUCAACUCUCUCUCCUCCCCCUCCCUCUCUCUCUCCUUCUCCACCUCCUCCCGCCGCUUCUCUCUCCUCCCUCCACCCUCACACCAACCCUCCAAACCCCUCUUCCUCACCCUCAAAUCCAAACCCUCCGACGACAUUGACACAUCGUUCUUCGACAACAUCAACCCGCAAGAUGACAUCACAUUCAAUCCCCCGGAGCCCCCGGAAGGGUUCGUGGCGCCUCCCUCCUUUGACGACGGCCCUCUGGAGACCGAGGACGAAAUCGCCGCUGCCUACGAGGAGCUCUACGGCCCCGGCUACAGCGGUGUCUCGGUCCUCGGCAACGACGUGUACGUGAUGGACGCGAAGGUGAAGAAAGAGACCGGGUUCGGGUCCGGCGCCAAGAAGGAGAAGGUGAGGGACGGGUUCGAGGAGAGGGUGGUGCAGGUCAGGAGGGUCACCAAGGUCGUCAAGGGAGGGAAACAGCUCAGGUUCCGCGCCGUGGUCGUCGUCGGCGACAAGAAGGGUCAGGUGGGAGUCGGAGUUGGCAAGGCCAAGGAAGUCAUUGCCGCGGUUCAGAAGUCCGCCGUCAAUGCCAGGAGGAACAUCAUCAAGGUGCCCAUGACUAAGUACUCCACUUUCCCCCAUAGAGCUGAUGGAGAUUAUGGAGCGGCAAAGGUGAUGCUUAGACCUGCUUCUCCCGGUACUGGGGUUAUUGCAGGUGGGUCUGUGAGAAUUGUUCUGGAAAUGGCAGGAGUUGAUAAUGCUUUGGGAAAGCAACUAGGGAGUAAUAAUGCACUCAACAAUGCCAGAGCGACUGUUGCUGCUGUGCAGAAAAUGAAGCAGUUUCGUGAGGUUGCUGAGGAGCGUGGGAUUCCAAUGGAAGAAUUGUGGAAGUAAUGAAAUUUGUGAAGGGAAUGUAAUUUUUAGAUGUCGAUGUUUGUGAUAUAGAGCUGGUCAUAGUUCUGUUAAGGAAGUGAAAAACAUUGUUCAAUUUUUGUUGAAAGUUUUAUGAAAGUGAACAGUUUCUUCAAAAAGCUACUUGUUCAGGUUGAAUUCAAUAUAUUCUUUAUCUAUCUGUUUGAUUUGUAUUUA